AUGGCAACUUUGCGUCAGUAUUUCAGUCUCCGAGACUCCGUGAGAGCGGACGUUGCCAUAGUCCACUCCUACUCCGACCGCUCCUCGGGCACAUCGACCCCUGAAGAAAAGGCGUCUGCCCUUAUACCCGGGAUACAAAUCUCCCGUCCAGACGAGCAAGAUGGCUCUGUUACCUUUCUAGUCGGCUGGAAGGAUUGCGAUGCUCACAACCCUCAAAACUGGAGUCGCCCAAAGAAAUGGUUUUGCACGGUAGCAACCUGUCUCAUCGCCCUGGCCAUCACCAUCCCCGGUACCAUAGACGCCCCAGUCUCCGAUGCCUUUAACGAACACUAUGGCGUGGGCGCGAUUGCAGGGUCCAUGACUACCGGUAUGUAUCUUAUUGGGGUGGGCUUUGGCUCGCUGUUUGUCGGUCCUAUCUCGGAAACAUUUGGCCGCAAUCUUGUCUACUUCACCAAUUUGGCCGUGUUUAUGCUGUUCGUCAUGGCAAAAGCAUUGGCUCCUAAUUAUGGAGCUGCCAUUGUUUUCCGCUUCCUAAUCGGCUUCUUUGGUGCCGCCCCCAUGACCGUUGCGGGUGGCACGGUGGGUGAUCUUUGGAGCCCUCUCGAGGCCACCUUUAGCCUACCAUUCGUCACUUUGGCAUCGUAUUCCGGUCCUAUUCUUGGUCCCAUAAUUGGUGCUUAUAUUCCCAAGUCAGCCUUCAACUGGGUCGACUGGAUCUCCCUCAUCAUCGCCGGGACAGUCCUCAUCUUUGUGGCCUUGUUCCAGCCAGAAACGUACGGCCCGUUGUUGCUGCAAUGGAAAGCCAAGCACCUACGAGACCAGACCGGAGACCCUCGAUAUCAGGUUGAUGAGUAUGCAUCUGCCAGUUCUCUGGGUCGCCGCCUUCUCGUUAAUGUCUACCGUCCGUUUCAGAUGACCUACACUGAGCCGAUCAUCUUGGUUUUCUCCUUCUACCUGGUCCUCUUGUACAUUGUAUUGUUCACCUUCCUGAACGGGUUCCCUUUCAUAUUCACCGAUACAUACGGGAUCUCGGCACCCCUGACUUAUCUCAUUUUCGUGGCCAUGCUUGCCGGAGACGCCGUUGCACUGGUGCUCAUACCGAUCCUCUAUCGCUGGACGAAACAGGCAGCGGCUAAGGCAGCGGCCGAAGGAAGAGCCCUACAGGCAGAGGUAUCACUCUACUGGGCAAUGGUUGGGGGUUCAAUAUUGAUGCCAAUCUCCUUGUUCUGGAUGGGAUGGACCUGCUAUCCCGGAGUCAGCAUCUGGUCACCAAUCCUCAGCACUUUCGUUUUCGGCUACUCUCUCGUCACCAUCUUCACGGCGACCUACCUCUACAUCUGUUUCGUGUACACGAUCUAUGCCGGUUCGGCUCUCGCAUUCGUUUCGUUCAGCCGCUACGUUAUUUCGGGCGCAUUACUGCCAGCUUCCGUGCCAAUGUACCAACACAUGACUCCCCACUGGGUUCUCACCAUGGUGGGUAUCUUAACCACCAUCAUGGCCCCGGUGCCAUUUUUGCUCUAUCGCUAUGGCCACCGGAUUCGGGCCAUGAGCAAGCACGUUCAGAAUAAGGCUUGA